AGAAAAUUUCAGAGAUCGCGAUCAGAGCUGCGGCAAUCAUCCCAGAUAGGUAGAUGGGGUAUUUGACUCACAGCUGCGGGAGCAUGCACAAUGUUCAUGCAUGAUGAUCACUAGUCUAGUCCACCCUCCCAAGUCAACGUUUCCUUCGGUAUAUAUAUACAUAUACAUAUAGUUAUCUGCAUAUCGGAAACUCUCAUCUUAAGCCUUUUUAAAGAGAGCAGGAGAAGCAAUUGCAGGUGAUUUUCCCCGAAUUAUUCAGCAAGAGAAGCAAUCUUCAGCAGGCCAUUUACCCCGAAUUGACGUUAAGCAAGCAAACAGACUUCAUGUAGUCGAUGGAGACAACUUUGACGAACAAGACGGAGCUGCUAAACGAUUAGAGCUACCUGAAUCCAGGGAAGGAGUCGUCAAAACAGAUCAUACUAAAACCACCAUUUGAAGCAGAGUCUAGAAAAAAGAUUUGGUCCUUAACCAAUUUUGGGUGCAAAUGAGAGCUUCGACAGUCUCUGGAGACAAUGAACUCCUAAAAUGAUCCAAGAUGCGUCCUCCAGUGCUGAAUGCGGACUCCGAGGCAACAAUGGAAAUGGGGGUGGCUAACACAUCACGUGCUACCUCAGCAAGAACAGGAUAAUGGGCAGCAUUAACUCUCCACCAAUCCAGGAUAUCAAAAUUGAGUGAUUUUGGUGCACAUCCCUCCGACAAAUACCUAUUUAGUUCUGAUCUAAACUCCAUGAACCCUUGCUCCUCAAGAUUCCUAAAGACAGAAUGAAAAGCAAGACCCAAAGAGAAAGAGAACUGAGAAGGAGAAUAACUGACUUCGAUUGGCGCACAAGGCUAAAGACGAUGGAGUGGAACUUCGAUCGACAGAGGCUAUGGUUUCGGACCUUCGGUGUGGGUUGAGAGCGUGCGAGAAAGCAAGAGAGUCUGCUGGCUGCGGCGUCUUCAGAAAUUAGGUGCCAAAGCUGAACCAUUUGAGAACUCGGCGAUAGAAGCAUUUUGAAAAAGUUCAAAAUCAAACGAGCAAAAUUUCUAGUCAAUUCCACUACUUUUCCACCCAGUGCAGGUUGGAACAGUGGUUUGUACUAUUUUUCUGGAAUAUGACGUCUUCUGAUCUCUCCAUUAGUAUUGAUGGAAUGCUCAAAGGCUCGACUCCAAGUGGCCCUGAGUGUUGUAUAUUCAAAUUGCAUCCCCAUUUACGCGACGUAAAUGACAAGGCUUAUGAACCCUUGCUGCUUGCCAUCGGUCCAUACAACCACGGCAAGGAUGGCCUUAAGCGUAUGGAAGAGCAUAAAUUGCAGUAUCUACGGCAAAUGACUCAAAGGAGAAAAGAAAACAGUGUAGACAGAUACAUCAAGGCUUUGAGACAACUAGAAGGGAAAGCCCGCAAGUGCUAUGCAGAAAGCAUUAGCCAAACCAGUGAUGAGUUCGUAAAAAUGAUGCUACUUGAUGGUUGUUUCAUCAUUGAGCUAUUCCGCAAGGUGAAGAAGUUGAAGGAGAUCAGAACUCAAAGAGAUGAACAUGAUCCAAUCUUUCAACUGAAUUGGAUGCGUGAUGGCAUACUUCGUGACUUACUGUUAUUUGAAAAUCAACUUCCAUUCUUCGUUCUUACUAAAUUGUUUGAGAUGACUGGAUCGGGAGAAGGCAAAUCCGAACUUUUUCAGCUUGCCUUUGAUUUUCUCUCUGUGCCAACUCUAAUCCAAGGGACUAUCAAGGUUCCAGGUAAUGAUUCGAUAGAUGAAACUACGGCAGAUCCAGUUCCUCCGAAAGAUGCAACCACUUCUUCACGUGAAGAAAUGGUAGAUAAGUACAAAAUGGCGGUACAGAGAUUACAUAACGGAGAAUUAAAGCAUCUACUUGAUCUAAUACAUACAGGUAUCAGCUUUUCCGUAUUUGAUAUGGACAAAAAUCAUGCCAUAGUACGCCAAGAGGCUGGAGGGAAAUUCAAGAAGCUGUCAGAGACAGUUAAGCAUCUAUCUGGUUACUUCAAAAACAGAAAAGUUUCCGAGAAGGAAGAGAUUGAAGAUUGGACGUUAAUGCAUAGUGCCAUUGAGCUUCAUGAAGCUGGAGUUAAAUUCCACAAGGCAGAGGAAGGUAACAUAUUUGGCAUAAAGUUCAACAAUGGGAAAUUGGAGGUUCCGCCUUUGACAAUAGAUGAUAAUACAGAGACACAUUUACGGAAUCUAAUUGCAUACGAGCAAUAUAGUCAAGAAAAGGCCGAUUCCCAUUACGCCACCGACUAUAUGUGCUUCCUGGAUGAUCUCAUGCAUUAACUCUCCAAAGGAUGUUGAAUUUCUCCGUCGAAGAGGAAUUAUCAAAAAUCUUUUAGGUGAUGAUAAAGUUGCUUCCACCAUGGUUAACAAGCUUGGUCACAAUAUCUAUCUUCCAGACAGGCCUCCCAUUUAUGCUAAAACUACUAAGGAUUUGAAGAAUCAUUGCAGUAUACGUCGGAAUGUAUGGAUGGCAAAACUACGGCACAAUUAUUUCAACAGUCCUUCGACACUUCUUUCAUUUCUUGCGGCCGUCUUAUUGCUUUCGCUUACAAUUACACAAACCACAUUUUCCAUUAUUAAGUAGAUUUUCAUGUAAAAUUGUCUUAAUUAAUCUUAUUGUUCUCUUAGUUAAUGUAAUGCAUUAACUGAAUGACGUGGGUCCUUACUAGAUCUUUUGUUAAGCUAUCCACUAUCAGUUAUUGAAAUAUAAUAAUGUAAAAACGCACGUGCUCGAGACUCCUUAUUUGAAAUGUUGAAGAAUUCAUCCGAA